AUGUCUGCUCCUAGACCUCCUCAAAUUCCUCCUAUCAUGACUGAAACCACCUUGACCGUCGAAGAGCUUCCUCCAGAACAGAGUCCCCGCGUCAGCGACAUGGCACUCUGGGGAGACUCGACUCCGUUCUAUCAAGUCACGGUCACGGCUGCGUCUAACCUUGCAAGAAACCUCGUCCGUACAAGCCCAGUGUUUGGUCCUGUCCGUUCUACUACCGACGGCAAUACAAACAACAACAACACCAAUGGCAAUAGCAAUGCUGAGACCAACGACGCUGGCGAGAACCCGGCUACUCAAGCUGCAGCAGAAAGUCGCCGUUGGAUCUCCACCGGCAUUCUUGUCGCUACGAUGAACAUGAUCGCCAUCGGUAUUAACAGCAUGAUCGGUGUCAUGAUGCCUUCUAUCCUCUACAAUCUGGACGUCCUCGGCUUUGAAUGGGUCUUUUCUGCUUCUGCCAUUGGCGCAGCUACAUGCAUUCUCUUCGCCGGUCAACUCUACACCGUCGCACCUUUCAAGGCCGUCUACAUCGUCUUCACCACUCUCGUCCUCUUCGGCACCGUCUCUGUAGGCUUCAACACCAACAUGGCAUACAUGUACUGGACGAGACUUGUCUUUGGAGCAGGAAUAGGUGGACAGCAACUCGGAGCACUUCUCUUUCUCGAACGAGGCAAUACGUUCAUGGACAAGAUCCGCCGAGACUUCUACCUCACUCUCAGCACCUCGUUCGGCAUGAUUCUCGGUCCGGUCUUUGGCGCACUGUUCGUCCACAACCGCAGCUUGUACAACUGGGCGUUCUACACCGCAUUCAUCCUCGGUACCAUGUUGUUCGUCGGGCUGGCAUACCUUCUGCCGAACAAGAUCACCAUCGUCGGCUCUGCACACUGGGCGUACACCCACGAAAUGGCCGGAGACCGAAUGUACCGUCGCGUGGAUCAACCGGGCUGCAUUUUCAGCUCCACCAGCAUCUUUGUCCUGUUCAUGGCAUUCAACUUCGCCGGCACGGUGUUUCCCUGGACCGACGGGAACCUCAUCGCCCUGUUCGGCCUCGGGUUCGGCUUCCUACUUCUCCUGAUCGUGCAGCAGUACUUCAAGAUCCUGUCGUCGUCCGUCACCCAGGCUUUCCCGACGCACUACCUCCGCAGCUUCAAGAAGACGGGCCUGUUCCUGGCCGUCUUCCUCACCGCGGGCAUCUUCCAGACCGUCAUGCCAUACACUGCGUUCUACCAGCUCGUCACGCAGCCCGAACCGUCGACGAUCCCGACGGCGUUCUAUCUCAUCUUCAGCUUGACGGCGCCAUUCGUGAUCCCCGCCAUCAUCGUCCACGUCCACAUCGGCGGCGGCAUGGUCGCCAGAUACCCGGUGUGGCCGAGCUACUCGGUCUGGACGCUGAUCUCGUCCGUCUUCAUCCUCGCCGGCUCCGUGAUCUUGUUCAUCGACACUCCACGCAUCUUCCCGUCGGGCCUGCCGCCCACCGUCGCGCGUCAAUUCGCACUGGCCUGCGUCGGUUUCUGGUCUUCGGUCGUCCUGCCCAUCGCCAACCAAGUCAUGGACAUCUACCAGCCCCUCGCGGGCCAGCACCACCCGUUCCACAACCGCGUGUUCGUCCUGUUCGGCUUCUGGCUCGGCGCCGCCGUUGCCCUCACCGCGUCCGGCUCGAUCUUCAUGCAGCACGGCACGGCCGCGCUCCUGGCCCUCCUGCGGAGCCCGCGCUCCGAGUACCGCUUCCGCGCCGGCUACGAGGACGCGCAGGUCCUGAUGCUCGGUUACUCGUUUGUGCGCUCCGGCACCGAGAGCAUCUUCGCGCAGAGCAUCGCGGAGCUCGAGAACACCUUCGCCCUCGCCUUUGGCCCCGUCCUCGUCUUUGCCGCUUUGCUUUUCCUCCUGGCCGUCGCCAUGGUCGUCAAGAAGAAGUGCGACGGCGGCCUGGGCGCCGUGCCCAAGGAGUGGACCGUCCAGCCGGACGGCACCCCGGGCACGGAGCUCGAGGAGCGUGGCGUUGGUGGUGGUGGUGGUGCCAGUGGCGCCCGUCCUCAACAGGACGAGGCUGCCGUUGAGGGAGACAACUGGCCCUUGAGGGCUUAG